AUGUCUUCCAAAAACAUUGUUAUUUUUGGAGAGAGCGGCGUCGGGAAAAGCUCCAUCAUCAAUCUCCUCGCAGGCAACCAGGUCGCUAGAACCUCUCCGGACACCAAACAUUGUACAUUGCGCUAUCAAGCGUAUGAUAUCCACAUCAGGGACGUGCCGUAUCGCAUCUAUGACACUGCCGGGGUCGACGGCAAUCGCAUGGAUCCUAGCGGAUUUCUCGAUGCAGUCACCAAUGCUGACAAGUUGAUGAAGGAGCUGAGGGAUAACGGAGGAGUCCAUCUGCUGUUGUAUUGCAUCAAGGCAGGCAGAAUACCACCGACGUUCGUCACCAACUACAGGCUAUUCUAUGAAUUUUUCUUCGAGGAGAAGAUACCAGUCGUGCUCAUCGUUACUCACCUGGAGAGGGAGGAUCCCAUGGAUCAUUGGUACACGCGAAACAAGGAAUCGUUCGACCGCCAUGCAGUCAAGUGUGUUGACCAUGCUUGUAUCACUGCGGCAGCCAACCUGGACCCAAAAUACAAGCAGAAGUACGAAGCCUCCAGAAGGGAAGUGAAGGACUUGAUCACAAGGCAUGAGGAUACGGUGGUGGACUGGAAUGGAGGAGAUGGGUGGCUUGCCAGGUUCAUCGGAAAGUUGAAAGACCUCUUGACAGGACGUCCAAUCGCUUCACCUCGACCACCUCCCAUAACCCGCCAGCUACCCAUUAUACACAUCACGAUGGCGAAAAAGAAAAGCUCCAUUCGCGCUAAAAACAUCGUUAUAUUUGGCGCAAUGGGCGCCGGAAAGAGUUCCCUCAUAAACCUCAUUGCAGACAAAAACAUCGCUCAGACAGGCUCCAACCUCAAGCGCUGCACCCUCACAUGGACCAAAUAUGUGUUACCCAAGCUCUUUGAUGAUGAGAUGCAGCACAACAUCUUCGAUACGAUGGGCAUCGAGAACCCAGAACUCGAGCCAGAAGAGUACCACCGAUCCAUCAAAAAUGCCAGCCGCCUUCUCCGCGAGCUUGAUGCAUGCGGCGGCACCAAUUUACUGGUAUAUUGCGUUCAAAAAGGCCGUGACAGUGGAGCAUUGCGGAGUAACUACCAGCUAUUCCACGAAGUGUUAUAUCGGCGGCGAGUCCCCAUAGUCAUGGUGGUGACGUGCCUCGAGGAUGAGACAGUCAUGGAGGAAUGGUGGACGCGGAACUGUGCAUCGUUAGAGGCAUCCCAAAUCGUCGUGGAGGGACAUGCAUGCGUAACCACCCUGAAGAAUGAAGAUGAGAAGUACAAGGCAUCGAGAGAAGUCGUGCGUGAGCUGAUCCGGAAGUAUGCAGCUGUUACGCCAGUGUCAGGGGGAUGGAAGCAUGAGAAGAUAGGCAGCGCGUUCAUGCGAUGGAUUGGGUAUCCUGAUCCGGAGGAUAAGAAGUUGCAGAAGAAACUACAGACGGACCUCGAGGAUCAAUGUGGCAUGAAGACACCGUUGGCUUUGAGGGUCGCAAAAACAUUCACGUACACGUCACGGUAG